CUGAAGGAUAUAAACGAUUAUUUCAAGUUUUAUUUCAAGUAAUUAAAGAAAUUACAGGAGAGUAUAUUAAAUUCUAUCAUAUUCAUAAUGAAGGAUGGGCAUGUAUUAUAGCCGAUUUAGAUCAUGCUCAAUUAAAAGGUUUGGGUAUGGCGAUUGAAGAAAUUGAUC